CCCUACCCCACCCAACAUUUCCACGCCCCACCCUCACAACCACCCUACACCCAUCAACAUCCUCCAAGAUGGCCACAAAACCAACCCUCGCCGAAUCUUCCACAACACCCCAUCUCCCAACAGCACUAUCACAACAACUCGCGCUCCCGCUCUCAUACCACCAUGCUCCCCCCGGACCAACCACAUACACCUGUUCCUGCCACUGCUCUCGCAUCCGCUUCACCAUCACGCUCCCUCUAUCGCUAACAGACCCGAACUGCGAAGUCGUAGAAUGCAAUUGCUCGAUCUGCACGCGGAACGCGUAUUUGUUGGUCUACGUUCCCGGGCGGGAUCUGUUAUUUCUGAAUGGGGAGGGGGAGCGGGGGUUAAGGCACUACCAAAUCCACCCGAACGACCCUAACACGCACCUCUUCUGCCCUGUCUGCGGUACAGCCUGCCUAACAACACCAUCCAACCAACCCGCCUCGAUAAGCCUCCCAGGCCAAAGCAUCUGGGGCGUCAAUGUCCGAACGGUGGAACGACUGAAUCUAAGGAGAUUGCGGAUCAAGAUGAUUGAUGGCACGUGUGAUGAGUAUAUAAGUGCGAUGGGUGAUUAUCUUGCCAGUACGUGAGGGGUACAUUGGGGUGGGCGUGCGAGAAGUUCAAAGAGUUAUGGAGCGCGGCCUGGGUUUUAUACCGUAGUGGUAUAGUUUAUGAUAAACAGUUUUGUUCGAGGCAUGCGCUUUUGGCUUUCUUAAUUCCAGUCUGUGUAGAUACGGCAGUGAAUAGCGUUAGCAGAGGCAAGAUUGUAUUGCAGGAGUUGACUCUUCUGUUUAGGUGUUCGUUGGCUACACCUACAAUCCUAUGAUCAUGA